AUGCAAAGAACCAAACGUUUGUUUAGCAAAGGGAUUAUUUUGAACCCCAAAAUGGUAACCCAAUCGCAGUUUAGCCAGAUACAAUUUCAGGCGGUGUUGAACAACUUUUCCAUGCUGUACAAUGUCAUGAAGGCGGUGAAUUUUGUCGAUAACGCAAUCGUUCAGCUCAGCAACGAUGGUAUCAAGGUGAUCGUGGAAGAUGCAAAAAGUAUCCAGGCAUCGGCGUACAUUACCCGUGCCUGUUUUUCGGAGUUCAAGCUUGCUAUGGCAAAGCAACCGUCAUCAGACACUGCGGCAGAUACGCAGCCCUUUAUUGCGUUCGGAUUAAACCUGAAGGUGUUUACGGACUGUUUAAGCAUGUUUACCGGUGGGGACUACAAUUCGAGCCUUAAAAUGAUCCAAAAGGGCACUGGGGCACCCUUGAUCGUGAUUCUGGAGCAGCACGGCGAGGAUAGCCUUAUAACGGAAUGUUCCGUGCGAACCAUGGAACCGUUCGACUGCAUGGAGCUUGACUUUGAAGACGAACAGCAGAUAUUGAGCAAGAUCAACGUGAAGGGUGCGGAGUUUUUCCACGUGUUGAGCGAGAUGGAUCGCAAUUGUGAUGAGAUAGAAGUGGCCAUUUCACUCGGUGCGCCACAUUUGGUGUUUCACUCGUUCGGAGAGCUACACUCGGAAACUAGUGUGGAAAUAUCCAACACUAGCGACAUGCUUAUCAGCUUCAGCUGCACCGAUGCAAGCCGUAAUCGGUACAAAUUUAAUCACUUUCGUCUAGCCAUGCGGACGCUAGCAUUGGCAUCGAAAGUGGCCCUACGUACCAACAGCGAGGGUUUGCUGGGAUUGCAAGUGAUGAUAGAAAAUAAUGAUAGUUCGCACAUUUUUGUGGAAUAUUUUAUAUUACCGCUGAUGGCGGAUGAAGAUCAAACAACGAUGUAA